GUAGAAGCCCGUUAUACAGAUAAGACGGGAGUUAACGUUAUUGGGGCUACUGGCCAAUAUUCGCUAUCACUUAUCGGUGUCAUUACUUGCUAAGGAUCACGUAUCUGUAACAAGGGAUCACCAACCUGACAGCUACCAACCAACGACACAGAACAGAUAUAUAUCCGACACACACACGCGGAAGAAUCUGCCAGCUAAAAGGCACAAUCCCAUCAAACUGCCAGCUCCAUCCGGUCCGCAAAACAUGCAUAUCGCCAUUCUCACAUUUGAUGGCUAUAAUGAGCUUGACUCGCUAAUCGCGCUCGGCAUACUUAAUCGUCUCUAUCGAGACGACCUUCGCAUCUCCAUCGCCAGCCCUACACCAAGAGUCCGUUCUAUGAAUGGCGUCGUCGUCGAGGCUAUGGCCACUCUUGAAGACGCGUGCACUGCCGACGCCGUGAUUAUUGGCAGUGGGUCUAAGACGCGCGAGAUCAUCGACGACGCUCAGGUUAUGGCAACUCUGCGGGGUCUGAACCCAGAGCGUCAGCUUAUCGCCGCGCAGUGCUCCGGAACCCUAAUCGCAGCGAAACUCGGCCUCCUUGACGGCGUCCUGGCGUGCACAGACGAUGUUACUAAGCCUUGGGUUAUAGCCGCAGGGGUUGAUAUUGUAAAUAAACCCUUCUGUGUCAGUGGAAACGUUGCUACUGCUGGUGGAUGCCUCGCCUCUCAAUACCUUGCUACCUGGCUCAUGCGUCGACUAUUCGGUACUGAAGCUGCGAUAGCCGCCCUGCGGUACGUCGUUCCAAUAGGAGAACAAGACGAUUACAUUCAAAGGGCUCUCCGAAACACUGAGCAGCCGCAGAUCCUUGACAGCGAGCUAUCCUCUGUACUCAGCAAUCCGCUCCCUCAGCGGGUAAAUGGUAGUUUUGAAGCGGAUCCAGAGCGCGUGGCUUCCGGCAAGUAUCCCAACAUCACAGUUUAAGCCAAGCUAGUUUAGAGGGUUGUAACUUUGUAAUCGAGACUGGAAUAUAAGAUAUAGUGUCAGAAUACCUUUAUGUAGCUGUUGCCGGUAUCCUCUGUAUACUCUUUGAAACAUAUAAUUCAAGCCACCAUUAAAGCUCUCAUGGUUGUCAUUUUCCAUUCGUUGGCACCAGGCUGCUGAGGGGGGAUGCGAAAAUGAUUCGUUUGCUGUAAUAAAUUGACUUGGCGCU